CUCUCCUCACCCAGCCUCCGCUGACGCGUCGCGCUAGCUCCCGAUUGGCGGGCGCCUGCGUCGCUCCCCGCUGUGUUGCUGCCCGCCCGCUCCCUCCGGCCGGCGGAAGAGUCUCGCCCAGGACGGGGGGUAUUUAGGACAUAGCUGUUAAUGGAAAAUUUCAUAUGUGAGUACAGAAUAAGGAAGGCUCUCUAAUCUUUAAGGAAAUGGCAGGAUUCUUAGACAACUUCCGAUGGCCAGAAUGUGAGUGUAUUGACUGGAGUGAAAGAAGAAAUGCAGUUGCUUCAAUAGUCGCAGGUGUAUUGUUUUUCACAGGAUGGUGGAUAAUGAUAGAUGCUGCAGUAGUUUACCCAAAGCCAGAACAAAUGAACCAUGCAUUCCAUACCUGUGGGGUGUUUUCAACACUAGCUUUUUUCAUGAUAAAUGCUGUAUCAAAUGCACAGGUGAGAGGAGACAGCUACAGUGACGGAUGUUUAGGAAGGACAGGUGCUCGUGUCUGGCUCUUUAUUGGCUUUAUGUUGAUGUUUGGUUCACUUAUUGCUUCAAUGUGGAUUCUUUUUGGAGCAUAUGUUACACAGAACACUAAUGUUUACCCUGGAUUAGCAGUGUUUUUCCAAAAUGCAUUGAUAUUUUUCAGUACUCUGAUCUACAAGUUUGGAAGAACAGAAGAAUUAUGGGGAUGAGAGAUCAAAGAUAGCAUUGUCUAUUCCAUAGCGGCUAUGUUGUACUCUGUAUGUAGAUACAUUUACAUUUAUUUGUUCUCAUUUUGCUUUCUAAAUCAUAUGAACUGAGAUAAAUUACAGUUUCUGUAAGAAGCUCCCUCUUUUCAUAGGAAAGUUUUGUGAAUAUGUACAUAUGACUGUAUAUAUCUUGGAAAGUCAGGCUUUCUUUCUGAAAUCUUCAGGCUUACUUCUUCAAAUACAUGGGUUUCCAUCAACCUUUAAGACUUCCAGAUUUUCACAUGUGAGAGAGACUUCAGUGGAACUACCAAUGAAUUAGCAGGAUAAAGCCUGUACCCUGUAAAAGUGUUUAUUACUUUUAUGCAUGGGUGAGCUGUAGCUCAUUUUGCAAGGGUAGACGGCAAGGGCUAGUUGUAUACCUGAAGCAGUAGAGAGCUUAUGGAAGCAGCCCAGCUAAGCCUGUAUUUAAUGAGGGUAAAUUCUAUUGUAUGAGAUAAAAGGUGAUUUCAAGAAUUUUAUAUAACUGCUCAGAAAAACUUAGUGUUUUGUUUUUGUUUUUGUUUGGUAAACAGCAAUGAUUUUUUAAACAAGGCCCUGUAUUAAGCAGAUUCUGCAUGGCAGAUCAAAUUGUUCUUGACUCCUGACUGCUAUAGCACAAAUGAAAUUUGGUAGCAGCAUGGCCCUUGUAGAAUUAAUCUCAUGCUGUUCAGUAUAAUAGACACUAAUAAGAAUUUACUGUAUUUACUAAUAUUAAAGUAAGAAACCCUGAAACUGAUGCUAGUCAUACUUAAGGAAUGUAAAGGACAAAUGAGAGUCAGACUAACAUCUUUAACAUUAUGCCAGCAUAGAUUUUCUUCAAGGAAAGCUUUUUGCUGAUUAAAUGAAUGGUUAUCCUGCUACCUAUUACUUUUUAAAUAGAAAUGGUGAGCAUUUCAAGUGGGGAUAUAAUAGAAAUGUAUUUAUUACUGUAGUACUUCUAAAAAGCUAAUGAUCUUACUAUCUUGAAAUAAUUUUGGUUUUAGGACUGCCACUUGCCCCAGUUAAAAUUUAUUUAUUUCCUAAAUGUGAUGGGCACUUUAUGGAAAUUCUUCCAUUAUUGAAAUACAGUUUCUUCUAGCUGGAAUAUACAGAAAGGGAGAACAUUAAUGUUUUAUAGCUUUGAACUGAUCUUGUAUAUACAUCUUGCUGUUGGUGACUUCCUUAUCUUACAAGUUUUAUGUGUUCCUAAAGCAUUUAAAUCUACCUUGUGUCUAAAAGCUUUUAUAACUUUCCAUGUAUCAAGAUAGCUGAUCAGAUAGUACUAAACUUAAGAAUGUAACUUCUGUGCAUGGUUACUGUAUACUGUUAGUCAUCUAAUUGCUCCCUUGUGGGAAUCUUUCCAGUGGACAGAAUAUGAAGCAAAUACUGCAGCUGAAAUUGUGCUACUGGCUAGACUAACUUCUAUCCUGAUUUCACCAUCCUGCAGUGAGUUAUGAUAUAUUCACUGGUGUUAAUCAUAGCGUUGUACAUAAGUUGUCUGUUUGGUUGUAAUUCCAGAAAAUGGCAAUAAAUGUUAUCUUAUGUUCUCAAAA